AUGGGAUUCAAGCUCCUGGCGGAGGUGGCUCCCGCGCGGCCUGCCAACGGCGACAGGCCAUCCGUGGGGCCGACCUACCGGAAGGCCGACUUCGGGGACCGCGAUCCCGCCCUGGAUGACACCACGACUCUGUACUCCAUGUUCGAGAGCAGCGUCGCACAGUACGGGGCUGCGAACUGCCUGGGCCACAGGCCCGUGGUGAACGGCGCGCCGCAGGACUACGUUUGGUGGACGUACAAGGAAACGGGGGCGAAGGUGGCGGCCCUGGGCUCGGCCCUCCAAGAGCUGGGCGUCCCGGCGGGUGCCAAACUGAGCGUCUUCGGGGCCAACUGUCCCGAAUGGAUGCUUGCCAUUCAGGCCUGCAACAGGAUGAGCUACACGUGCGUGCCGUUGUACGACAGCCUGGGGGAGAACGCCGUGGAGUACAUCCUGGGCCACAGCGGCGCCUGCGCGGUGUUCGUGUCGAAGGCGAAGUUCUCGCAGCUGGCGGGCGUGCUGCCCAAGCUGGGGGGACAGGUCAAGGUCGUCGUGCACUGGGGAGAAUCUGACCAGGCGUCCAUAACGGCCGCCGAAGCUGCCGGUGCGUCCGUCCUCUCUGUGGAUGGCAUGCUGGAGCUGGGCGCCAACAGGCCCCACGGCGCGGUGCCACCCAAGGUCGAUGACCUAUGCACGAUCAUGUACACGAGCGGCACAACGGGGCAGCCCAAGGGCGUUAUGCUCACGCACAAGGCCCUCGUGGCUCGGGUGCUGGGCAGCGCCGUUUUCAUGGAACCCUUCGUCGAAAAUUUGGGCCCUGGCAACGUUUUCUUCUCGUACCUGCCCCUUGCCCAUAUCUUGGACAGGUCUGCAGAGGACUUUUUUCUGUAUGCUGGUGGCGCCAUUGGCUACUGGCGGGGGGACCUGGCUGGUCUUGCGGAUGACAUGGCGGCCUUGAAGCCCACGAUAUUAGCCGGGGUGCCUCGUGUGUUUGACAAAAUCUAUAGCGGUGUCACCUCCAAAGUGUCCAAGUCCGGCUUCCUAAAGAAGUGGCUUUUCAACUACGCUUUCAGCAGGAAACUUCGAGCCCUGGACCGUGGCGUCAAAGCUGAAAAGGCCUCGCCUCUAAUGGAUCGGCUGGUAUUCAAUAAGAUCAAGAACAGCGUUGGGGGCAGGGUGAGCCUGAUAAUCACCGGCGGCGCGCCCAUCGCCAGGCACACUGAAGAUUUUCUGCGGGUGACCAUGUGCUGUCCAAUCGUCCAGGGAUAUGGGCUGACAGAGACAGUCGCAGGCGCCUUCUUUACUAUUCCCGACUGCGAGGGCAUGGCAGGAACUGUGGGACUUCCACAGCCUGUUUGCGCGUUUCGGCUCGAAUCGGUUCCUGAGAUGCAAUACGAUGCUUGCGGCGACCAUCCGAGGGGAGAAAUAUGCAUCCAAGGUCCAGCCACUUUCAGUGGAUACUUCAAAGAUGAGGCGCAGACAGACGAAGUGCUGGAGAAAGAUGGGUGGUUUCACACAGGCGACAUUGGCGAGAUUUCUGGUGACGGCACUCUCAAGGUCAUCGACCGGAAGAAGAAUAUAUUCAAACUCUCGCAAGGGGAAUACAUUUCUGUGGAGAUGGUCGAGGCAGUCUACAAGAAGAACGCGAUGGUCGAGCAGGUGUGGGUGUACGGCGACUCGUUCAAGAGCUACCUUGUUGCCGUGGUGGUCCCCGUGAAGGACGCGCUGAUGGUGUGGGCAUCUCAGAACGGCAUUUCCGGAUCCUUCGAGGAGGUUUGCGAGGAAGCCAAAGCGCUUGAACACGUGCUGGACGUCAUGAAUGUGACUGCCAAGGAGGCGAAGCUGAGGGGAUUCGAAAAAAUCCGAGCAUUACACCUGGAGCCUGAGCAAUUCAGCGUGGUCAACGACACCCUAACCCCGUCCUUCAAGCUGAGGCGGCCACAGCUCCUGAAGAAAUACGGCAAAGUCAUUGGGAAUCUGUACAGUGGGAUGAGCUGA